CCACAGCUGCUCCUCAUCUCCUCCCUCACUCCGGUCGGGUACACUGCCACUCACUCUGCCAACUGUGGACGUUAACUCAGCGUGGGCGAAGGAAAGACACCACAUCCAGUCUCAGUCCACUGGAUACCCUGCAUCUACAGCUGGUCUGGCGUUGCCUCUGGACGCAUAUUUGCGCGCGGGCGGGGCUACAACAGAGUGACAAGCCGCAAGUUCCAGUGUCAGGGUGUCUUUAUUCAGAUGUAUUUUGCAGUAUUAAGAACAUAUUUGUUCGUGUCUGAGGAUUCCCUUCUGGAAGAUCCACAGAAAGUGACGCGCAGUGCAGAGCCUGGGAAUAUGAUAUCUGCGUAACUUCCCUUCACCUCUGACUUUCUAUCCGCGCAAAAUUCUCCAUUAAAAAUGCGAGUCCUCCUGUACACCGCUGUGUUCCUUUACCUCAAGGAGUCUGCAAGCACAGAGCCCAAAGCCAAGUGUCCAACGCGCUGCGAUGUCAGCACCUGUCCGAGCCCCAGCUGCCCCAGCGGCUACGUGCCGGACCGCUGCAACUGCUGCCUGGUGUGCGCCCAGGGAGAGGGAGAGCCGUGCGGCCGCAAGGACGACCUGCCGUGCGGGGACGGACUGGAGUGCAAACACCCGGCGGGCAAGCGGCUCUCCAAGGGCGUCUGUCAGUGCAAGUUCAGCCAGGAAGUGUGCGGCAGUGACGGGAAGACGUACGGCAACGUGUGCCAGCUGAAGGCGACCAGCAGGAAGGCUCUGCAGCAGGGACUGCCAGGCAUCACCCAGAUCCAGAAAGGACCGUGUGAGACCAGCAUAGGUCCUCCACAUGCUGCCAGUCCACGUUACAAGUUCAACUUUAUAGCUGAUGUGGUCGAGAAAAUCGCUCCUGCUGUGGUCCAUAUCGAACUCUUCCUCAGGCAUCCUCUAUUCGGUCGGAACAUCCCUCUGUCUAGUGGCUCUGGGUUUGUGAUGUCAGAGAACGGACUGAUUGUGACCAACGCCCACGUAGUCUCCGCCACCACACAAGUGUCUGGUCAACAGCACCUCAAGGUCCAGAUGCAUAAUGGUGAUGUAUACGAAGCCAGCAUCAAAGACAUCGACAAAAAGUCAGACAUCGCUACUAUCAAAAUCAAUCCACAGAUGGAGCUACCUCUAUUGUUUCUGGGCCACAGUGCAGACCUGAGGCCCGGAGAGUUUGUGGUCGCAAUCGGCAGCCCCUUUGCCCUCCAGAAUACUGUCACCACUGGCAUCGUCAGCACCGCUCAGAGAGACGGCAAGGAGCUGGGCCUCAGAGACUCUGAUAUGGACUACAUACAGACGGACGCUAUUAUCAAUUACGGGAAUUCCGGAGGACCCCUUGUCAAUUUGGACGGUGAGGUGAUCGGCAUUAACACCCUGAAGGUUGCAGCUGGAAUCUCAUUUGCCAUUCCCUCCGACAGGAUCACUCGCUUCCUCAAUGAAUCGCUUGACAAACACAGCAAAGAUGUGAGGUCAGUCAAGAAGCGUUUCAUUGGAAUCAGGAUGCUGACCAUCACACCAGGGUUAAUUGAAGAGCUAAAACAGCAGAACCCAGACUUCCCUGAUGUUACCAGUGGGAUUUAUGUCCAUGAGGUUGUUCCUCACUCACCUGCACAGAAAGGUGGUAUCAAAGAUGGUGACAUUAUUGUGAAACUGAAUGGCAGACCUCUGAUGACCACGGCCGACCUGCAGGGGGUUCUGCAGGAGGAGACAGCCUUGCUGCUAGAGGUCCGGAGGGACAAUGAUGAUCUGCUCUUUAACAUUGAACCUGAUGUUAUCAUGCAGUAAAUAUUGGAAGCUCAACUUUCAUGCAAAAUCUAAACCCCUAUUUUUGUGAAAGAAAGAGUCUGAUAAUGUAAGCGCUGCACAAGUGGGGUGGAAUUUCUGUCAAGUGCACACAUCUUCUGAUACUUUGGCAACUGACUGUUAACUGUACCAAAGUCAAAGCAGCCCAUGGACGAUGUGGCACAAUGCAGUUUUGGUUUCAGGGAUUUACAGCUGUGCCUCCCACCUGCUCAGACCAGUUCAACAUUGGAACAGGUUCACCCUACAGAAUCGCAUAAACCCAACCUCCUUUUUGUACAUAUUUACUGAUCUCAGGCAGUAAUGGUUGUUAGGCAAUAUUUUAUGGUACACAUCAUCACAUAAAUGAUGAGAUGAAAGCAAAGCUGAUGAAUAUUCAGUUUAAUUGAUAUAAUGCUUUAGCAUUUUUUAACAAUUUAGCAAUUUGCUCUUAAGCAUUUUUAUUUUCAACAAAGUUUUUUCUAACUUCAUUCUACAAGUCCACAAAACUCCUAUGACGCCUUCAGUAUUCAAGCAAGGUUAAAGAGCUGGUCCACUGUUCCAUGACCAUAAUCUGCAAUGCUCCUCCUUAUAACUGCUUUUCUUAUCCAAAGCCCCUGCCAUCACCUGCUACCCGUUUUGGCAUUUCACCUGAACUUCACCUGGGAUGUUGUGACUCGUGGUCGGCAUUUUAACCCCUCAGCCAUUCCCUGCACUCCACACUUGGUCAUCAUGUCCUGUCUUCACAAAGUAAUGGCUCCAUGUCAUUCAUGGGGCAUGGGCCUGGCUACCAGGCACUCACCGGUAACCUUCUCUCCCAGACCUGCCUUCAGCAGGGGUUCCUGGUCUCCCUAAUCCAAGUAGCCUCCAGAGGGAUUUCUGAUGAAGAGGGAGCUGAGCCUGACCAAGCAGGGCUCUUUAUUUACCAGUUGAUCUACACUCAAAGCUUAUCGAUUGAUGGCUGAAAAAAUAAGAUUGUGGAUACAGGCAUCCAAAAUGAGUUUCCUUUGCAGGGUUUCUGCCUUAGGGACAGGAUUAGAAACUCAAACAACCAGACAGAGCUCAAAGUAGAACCACUGCUUAUUGACAUUGAAAGGAGUCAGUUGAGGUGGUUCAAGCAUCUCCGGGAUGUCUCCCUUUAGAUGUGUUUUGGCUAUGUCCAAUUGGGAGGUAGACCAAUACCAAGAACACACUGCAGGGAUUUUAUAUCCCAUCUCCUGGGAACACCUUUGGUUCCCCCAGGAGGAUGCGGUUGGAGAGAUGGAAAUAUGGGCCUACUUUAAUGCUCAAUGGUGAAUGCAAAUCAUGAGGUUAAUAAUAAAGAGGUUAAAUGGAUUUUCAUUUGUUAAUUAAAUCGUUCAUGUCACUAUCAAAAAAGAUUACAGUGCAAUUUUAUCAUUUCAGUAACUUUCAUCAAUCUCGUUUUUAUCGCUUACUGUUUGAGUUCCCUUGUAUAGAUGAUUCUAAACAGUAUCCGCAUGAAGGCCUUUCCUUUGGGUUGAUUAACUCUCUGCAGUCAACUUAAGGCAGAAGUACCAGUGUGUGAUUUAAAAGAUUUGCACUGAAAGGUGUGAUCUUCAAAGGGCUACAGAACUGCUUACCCUUUAUCUAUGGGUAUAUGACAAAAUCUUUUACAGCAGGUCCAUGCAAUGUCAAAGUUGAGUUGACACACUAUUGUUCUCCUCUAUAUAAUGAGCACCUUGGUGUCAACAUACGCUUUGUGCCUUGUGUCUUGCACACUGGACUGCCCAAUUUUCUUCAUGAAAAUAGGGUUUUAAUUUUGUCAGAAUUGGCCUUCAAUGAAGUAUCAGCCAGUUCGGUUCAAUGCAGAUAUGAUGGGCAGUUGUUAUUGACCACAACAAAUAUUUAAGUUGUAUUAUUUGUACUGUCAGUUGUAUAACCAGAUGAACCAUUACAGUUCUAAAUGGUGUAAAUAGUUUGAGUAUGGCUUAAUGGUUUUAAUGGACAAUGGUAAGCUUUGUAUAGCCUUGGUUUCAGUUCAUUUAGGUAAACAAAUACACACACACACAAACUAAACUAAAAUACUUGUGGAAUGAAGGUAAUAAUUUGUUGUUAUUUUGCUGCUUUGUUGUUAAUUUGCUGCUAUCUGCAGCAAACCACAUUUUGAGAUGGAGGCAUAAUCAGGGAUCAUUCCGAAGCACAUUAUGCAAGUGCACAUAGAGCAUGAUAUAGUGGACGAAAGGCUAAAUCGUCUUUAGUCAAUAGUCGAUUCUGAGAUUGCAUUUGGGCCAAUGCAUUCUGCUUCUUAUACUCUACACACAGACUGUUUACCUGCAUGCAACCAAAGCCCUUGCAAACUUGAUUGGUCAAUACUACUCUGACUAUAAAUGGACUACAAAAAGAAACCAGAAUGCUUCCAAUCCCAAAAUCUUGUCCCUUGCCUACAGAUUCUGUAUUUCUGUGGAGAUCUGAAUAUAUCAUUACAGAUUAUUUUUAUCUGCUUAUUAUGACAUUUUGUUAGCUAGCUAACCCUAGGAUCUGCUUAAAGUGGCAUUAACAGAAUUUUUUGGCCACUUUGGUGCACCAGAACAAUCAUUAACAAAUUAUCACUUUAUAAAGUUAUUAUCACCCUAUGGUACAAUCUUAACAAACAGUGGCCUAUUUACAUUUUAUGAAUGCUCCACUAUGUUCACCAGCUAGUCACAACUUUGUCUGUCUCCUGUAAAGUAAUGAGCAGGUGUUGGCCUUUAGAGCUGCAGCAGAAAUGAGGUUGAUGAGAGCAGUGAGAGUGAGAGAGAGAGUGACCCACAACAGUAAUGUGGGCCGUGAAGCCAAGACAAUGAACUGAAAGAUGCUACAAUGUUCCAAAGAGCUGAGCUGAAAUACAGAGUUAGUGAUAAAGAUCAGUGGAAAUUUUAUUUUUAAGCAUCACAAUGAACUUCCAGUGUAUGUUUGAGAUUCUACGUCCAAGCUGAUGUUGAACAUUGUUGUCUUCUCUGUUCUAUGGUUGCCAUGAUUCUUUGAUACUGUAACUUGUCCUUCCACAAACAAAGGCGAGCCACAUGUGUUGAUUAAGUAUAAACGAAGUGCUAUGUUGGAAUAAAGAGCACAAAUUGUGAGCAGAUGUUGUCUCACGCUGCUGUUGCUCUGGUUCAUAACUGUACUAUCAGUAUGAAUAGACAUUGACAAAACCUAAUGUUUACAUGUAAGUUUCCAAUAAAGCAAUACUCUACAUCA